GUGGCUCUACGCGCGCGAUAUAAAGCCACCGCUGAGUGACAGCGCGCUAGUGAAAAGCCUCUGUCCUUUUUACAAAGAGGACUAACGCCGCAGCCCCUCCAGGCAGCGAGACCAUCGAGCAUCUCCCACGACACCUCAAUGAAAUAUGACUGUGCUUCACUCCUUGUCUGGAUUAAUGCCUAUGUAAUCGUUAAUUUGCUCACCCUCCCUUAUCUGUCAAGUUUAAAGCCUAUUCUGUGAUCAUGGGGUCUAUAGUGUCAUUUUUGCCUAGGCUAAAGGUCUAAAGCGGAUACCGGGUGGAUCUAUGUUCCUUACAGACAAGAGAAACAGCGCAGGGAAAUUAGUGGAAGUUUGAGAUAAGGGAGGAUGCGGGCGACGUGUUGGUGUGCCGUCUUUCUCCUCACUCCGGCGGUCUACCUGGUUUCAAGUGCCCAAGGUUCCAUUCCGGGGAAGUCGGAACUGCUCAAAUCAGGAAGCCCCAAGUCGACACUAAAGCACAUAUGGACAGAAAGCAGUAAGGACUUGUCCAUCAGUCGGCUUCUAUCACAGACUCUACACGGGAAGGAAAACGCAACAGCCCUGGACCUGCACUAUGACGCUCCGGAGCCUUACUCUGAACAGGAUCUGUGGGACUGGCUGAGGAACACCACCGACUCGCAGGACUCCAAACCGAGAGCCAAACGGCGGCCGAUGGUCAAGACCGGCAAGUUUAAGAAAAUGUUUGGCUGGGGAGAUUUCCACUCCAACAUCAAAACAGUUAAACUCAACCUUCUGAUCACCGGAAAGAUCGUCGACCACGGCAAUGGCACCUUCAGCGUCUACUUCCGCCAUAACUCCACAGGUCAGGGCAACGUGUCCGUCAGCCUUGUCCCGCCCACCAAAAUCGUGGAGUUUGAUUUGACGGCGCAGCAGUCGGUCAUCGACGCCAAGGAUUCCAAGUCCUUCAACUGCCGCAUCGAAUACGAGAAGGUCGAGAAGGGCUCCAAGAACACGCUCUGCAACUUCGACCCGUCCAAGACAUGUUACCAGGAGCAGACGCAGAGCCACGUGUCCUGGCUCUGCUCGAAGCCUUUCAAAGUGAUUUGCAUUUACAUCUCCUUCUACAGCACCGACUACAAGCUAGUCCAGAAAGUCUGCCCAGAUUAUAACUACCACAGCGAUACUCCUUAUUUCCCUUCUGGCUGAUGGUCGCUGCUGAUGCCGCCAUGUGAAGGACCAAAAGAAGCAAAGGAUGGAGCACUCUCCCCCAUCCAUGAUGAAUACAUGUUCCCUAAACUGUUCCACGCUCACAUGGCCCGGAUGAUUUCAAACAAACUCGGAAAAAACUGAAUUUGGCUAUUUGCACAAAUCCCACCAAUUUGUUAUUCAUUUGGAGUCAUUCAUUGUUUGGCGCUAGUUUUCAUUAAUAAUUGAAUUCUGUUUAACUUAUUGUUUAUAUUUUAGGUUAAUUUUAGGUUAUUGUUGUAUUACUGGGCUGUUGCUUAUAAGAAAACCCACAAUUGAGGGAGUAGCAGAUUUCGACAUUGUGUCCUGUAAUUUUCACAUUUCCUUUAGAAUCGUCCUAGUGCAAGUGCUUGUUUUCUUUUGUUGAAUUAGUUUCUUUGUUCAAGUAAUUAUGUGUUUCUUAGAACUGCCAGAGGCCACAAGUGUAGACGUGACUUUUUUUGUUUAGCCAGUAGUUUGCCUCAAGGUUGCGGGAGAAUUUUUUGCCAUCAGAAUUUUAAUGUUUCCUCCCCUGCAAACUUUAAAACAGCCGUGGACGCCACACGUUCCUGAAUUAUUUCUCCCAGACAAAAGCCCGAGUGAGACCCAAAGAUAAAGUGAUAUAUUUAUGGCGAGAGCGGCUUUGUUCUGACGGUUACAAGCAGGCCUUAACUGCAGGCAUGUUUUCUACCUAAUAAAAAGAAAAGCUGUACUGUAAUAAUUCUGGAUUGUUCCUGGAUAGAUCCAGGAAUGGCGGGUGGGCUUGCUCAUUGUCACUUAUAAUACACUGUAAUGUAAUGAAUUCUAUAUCUUAGAGCCUAAUUUUAUGAAUGGUUUGUAUUGUACAUAGUUGAUCCUGAUGGAGCUGCUUCUGUAUAUGCCUUUAUUCCAUGUCUGUUAACCCAAACCCUACCCUCUCUCUAUCUCACUUUAUCUCUCUCGGCACCCCAUCCCAUAUAUGCUUGUUCUUGGUUCUCGGACAAAGAAACUGAUGUUGCUGAUGUAGAUGUGAACUCCAUGAACUCCAUGCUCGUGUACAGGGGCUGUAAAACUGUCAAAAUAUAUAUUAGAAGUACUUAUCAUCUGUAUGAUUAUGUUUACUUUCAGGGGAACAAGGGGAUGGAGAUGUACAAAUGAAUAAAAUACUGAAAGUU